GUUUGAGGCUAGCAAGAUACCCGGUGACCAAUCCAUGGCCUGGGGGUCGAAUUGUAUUUAAAAUGAUUAUCAUUCGACGUGGUUGAUAUAAAGACAGCACCAACGACUGGUUCAAUCUACCACUGCUCAACUCAGACUCAAUCAGAGAACUUGUAUUACUAUAGACAGAAGAACCAAAGUCAAAAGUAUAACACGAACAAGAAAACAACAACAGCCAUGGCCCCCAUCUCCACCAGCCCCCCUCCCACAGACCGAAACUCCCUCGCCAGCUACAGAGGCUACGACCAUGUACACUGGUAUGUAGGUAACGCCAAACAAGCUGCUACGUACUACAUCACACGCAUGGGCUUCAAGCGCGUCGCCUACCGUGGUCUCGAAACCGGCAACCGAAACAUCUGCUCCCACGUCGUCCGCAACGGAGACAUCACCUUCAUCCUCACUUCGCCUCUGCGCUCCCUCGACCAGAUCGACCGCUUCUCCCCCGAGGAACAGGAGCAGCUGAGAGAAAUCCACCACCACUUGGAGCAGCACGGCGACGGUGUCAAGGAUGUUGCGUUCGAAGUCGACUCCGUCGACGCCGUCUUCAACGCGGCAGUGAGCAAUGGCGCAAAGGCCGUGUCGAACCCACAGACGUUGAAGGACGAGAGCGGCGAGGUCAGAGUGGCUACUAUCCAGACCUACGGUCAGACCACACAUACACUGCUUGAGAGGAGCAAUUACCGCGGUGCUUUCCUCCCAGGCUACCGGCUCGAGACUGCAGAGGAUCCCGUCUCUAAAUUCUUGCCCGGUGUGCAUCUCAACCGCAUCGACCACUGUGUCGGAAACCAGGACUGGGAUGAGAUGGACAAGGUUUGCGAAUAUUACGAGAAAGCCCUCGGAUUCCACCGUUUCUGGUCCGUCGACGACAAGCAGAUCUGCACUGAAUUCUCCGCUCUGAAGAGUAUCGUGAUGGCCUCGCCAAACGAGAUCGUCAAGAUGCCCAUCAACGAACCAGCCAAGGGCAAGAAACAAUCUCAGAUCGAAGAAUACGUCGACUUUUACAACGGUGCUGGCGUACAGCACAUUGCUCUCCUGACCGACGACAUCAUCCGGGACAUCACGAACCUUAAGGCUCGCGGUGUGGAAUUCAUCAAGGUCCCCAGCACUUACUACGACGACGUGAAGAUCCGACUGAAGAAGGCCGGCCUGACGCUUCACGAAGACUUCGAGACGAUCCAGAAGUUGGAUAUCCUCAUUGACUUUGAUGAGAAUGGUUAUCUCCUGCAGUUGUUCACUAAGCACUUGAUGGAUCGCCCGACUGUUUUCAUCGAGAUUAUCCAGAGACACAACUUCGAGGGUUUCGGAGCUGGAAACUUCAAGUCAUUGUUCGAGGCGAUUGAGCGGGAGCAGGAGCUGCGUGGAAACCUUGUUUAGGGCUUCGGGGUGAUGAUGCCAAUGACUUAUGCCUUUGUAUUGUUGCUUCUGCUUGAUACCUACCCUACAUCUCUACAAGUGUAUUUUUGCGAAGUUGCUGCGCAUGUUAGAUUAGCGUCUCUAUUGGCUAUAUCAGAAAAUGUUUCUAUGAACGUGACAG